ACUCGGAUCCUGUCCCCCAAGAAAAAGCUCAUAUUUGUGCAGAGAGGAUUUGACCACUCUCUCUCGCUCUCUCUCUCAAACUGAUAGAGAUGAGUGACCAGUACGGCCUGCCGGAUUUCCGGCAGUUCAUGGCCGGAAGAACUCAAUAUUUCCCGGCCAUCACACAACCCACUGAGCCGCCAUUCUUUCUCCACAGGAACGUUGCGCCUCCACUCCAUUGCGAGCCCAACACCACUAUGGUUGCCGAGGUUUUGCCUCGCGAGCAGCUGGUUGGAUUUGUUCAUCAUGAUUCCACUGAUGCCGCGCCCACCGCCGCCGCAACAACGACACUGUGUUCUUCACAGAUGGAGAGUGGGUGGAUGGGAUAUGACGGUGGAAGUACUAGAUGGCCAAGGCAAGAAACUCUCACCCUUCUUGAGAUCAGAUCUCGCCUUGAUUCCAAGUUCAAAGAGACUAAUCAGAAAGGACCCUUGUGGGAUGAAGUCUCUAGGUUAAUGGCUGAGGAACAUGCAUACCAGAGGAGUGGGAAGAAAUGUAAAGAGAAAUUUGAGAACUUGUACAAGUACUAUAAGAAAACUAAGGAAGGUAAAGCUGGAAGACAAGGAGGGAAGCACUAUAGGUUCUUUAGGCAGCUAGAAGCAAUCUAUGGGGAAGCAAGUAAUCAUCAUGCCUCAGCUUCAGAACUCCAUCUUGCAAGAAACAGCCUUCCUUAUCAUCAGAUUCCAAACAAUAUAAUUAACCAAGAGAAUCAGGAAGUUGUUAGUUUCACUAACUCAUCUGAAUUUGAGACAUCUUCCUCGGAAAACAAUGAUGAUCAUGAUCUUAAUUCUGCCAUUGCCAUCAUGAUGAAUCAAGGGAAGCAGAAGGAGACUAAGAAGAGCUGGAAAGGUAAGAUUGAGGAGUUUGUAGACUUGCAAAUGAGGAAGAUAAUAGACACACAAGAGGCUUGGAUGGAGAGGAUGUUGAGGACUAUUGAAGAUAGAGAGCAGGAGAGAGUGUGUAAAGAGGAAGAAUGGAGGAAGCAAGAGGCAGCCCGCUUUGACCAGGAGGUACAUGAACUGUGGGCUAAAGAGAGAGCAUGGGUUGAAGCUCGAGAUGCUGCAUUAAUGGGAGCUUUAAAGAAAUUUGUAGGGAAAGGACUAGAAGAUGAAAAUGACAAGGAGUUUCUCUAUGGAACUAUUGACAAUAACAGAUGGACUGAAUCUGAGAUUUCAGGUUUAAUACAUGUAAGGAAUAGCUUGGAACUUCGAUUCCAAGAAGGUGGGUAUUUGGAGGAAGGUCUUUGGGAGGAGAUAGCUGCAAAAAUGGGUUCUUUGGGCUAUGAUCGAAGAGCUAUCGACUAUAAAGAAAAAUGGGAAAAUAUCAGCAUCUAUUGUAACAAGAAGGAAAAAGAGGAGGAUUUGAGAAGCAGCGGUUUUUGUCAACAGCUUAACUCCUAUCACAGCCAGGGGAUUACCAAACAAAGGCUGACGGUUGAUGGCCUUCCACCUUCAAGUUCCCUUAACUACUCUCGCAAUCAAGGAGAAAACGUGUGGGAGAAAUAUGGUGUGAAGCUCAACAAGGGAAAGAACCAGCAAGUUUAGCUCAAGCAAGAAAGAACUUCACAUCGAUGUAACUUGUUCAAAAGGUAUGAUUUAUGGCAUUCGAUAUGUGGUUUGGGAUCGAGAUAGGGUAUGUUUUCUUGUUGUAAAAGUUUUGUGACUUGAGAUUGUUAAAGUAUUGAUCAUUAAAUAUGAUUAAAUUUACUCUUUCUUAUAA